AGUUUAGAGUAAAAACUAAUAAUAUGACGUCAUUACUAUCGUUGUUUGCAAAGUUAACGCGCCAAGAAAUGAAGCAAGAUUCUGGAUGGUGCUGGUUGGUAUUUUUUUGCGUUUGUGUAAACAUGUUUCUGGUGUUUGGUGUACAUUACACUUAUGGGGUCUUGUUUCCUAGUAUUUUAAAAGAAUUUAACCAAGGGCAAGGUAAAACAGCUUGGGCAGGAUCUUUAGCAUCCGGACUUCUUUUUCUAUCUUCAAUUGUUGCUAUUAAGUUAUGCGAAGUGACAAGUAUAACGUUUACAUGCAUACUUGGCUCCUUAUUGAGUGGAAUAGGUAUUAUAAUGAUAUCUGUUGUUUCAAAUUUUGAAUGGCUUUAUUUGGUAUAUGGAGUUUUUUUUGGAGUUGGAUCAAGCUUUUUAUAUACCCCUGGUUUAGUUAUUAUUGCUCAGUGGUUUAAAAAAUAUCAGACUAUAACUACAGGAAUAGCUGCUGCCGCUGCACCGUUUGGUGCAGUUGUAUUAAGUCCUCUGAUUCAGUAUAUGAUACUUAUAAAUGGACUAAAAAGUACAAUAAAAGCUGGAGGUCUUGUAUAUUUGAUUAUUUCAUUAAUGUGUUCGUUAUCAUACCAGCCGUUAGUAUCCUACAGUAGAAAAAAAAAUGACAGUCUUUUUAAAAGUGAAAGAGAAUCAAUGAAGUUCAAACUGGAUUUUGCGCUUUUUAAAAAAAAGACUUACUGUCUGUUUCUUGUUUGUAUGAUGGUAACAAAUUUCUCGUAUUACAUACCUAUUGUUUUUUUGGUUAGCUAUGCAGAGCAAAUAGGUUCCAGCCCUCCCAACGCCAGUUUAUUAAUAACCGUAUGGUCAGUAAGCAGCAUUAUAGGAAGAAUAGCUUUUGGAAAAUUUGUCUCGUAUAAAAAAAAACAAAUUUUAAAUAUUUAUCAGUAUGCUAUGUUUUUCAGUGCAACGGUUAGCUUAGUGACCAUGUUUGCAACGAAGUAUUGGCAUUUAGUUUGUUAUGUUGUUCUAUAUGGUCUUUUAGAUGGUUCCUUUAUUGGUUUGAUUUCAUUGGUCACCAUGGAAAUUGUUGGAGUUAAACAACUACCUCAGGGAUACGGAAUUAUGCUGACUUCAAUAGGAUUUCCUAUUGCCUUAGGGCCAACCCUAACUGGUUAUAUUAAUGACAAAAAAAUCCUUCCUCCAAACUUCAUGUUUGUUUUUGCUGCUGUUCCGUUUUUUAUUGGUUCGAUCAUUAUGUUCUGGAUAAUUAAAUGGAACAAAAAAGAACAUUCGCUUGAAACAGAAAUGCUAAAAACUGACGAGGAAAGUAUCGUUACAUUUGAAAACGAAAUCCAAAAAAAGUAAAUAUUUAUGACGACAAAAAAUUGAGGUCGACAAUGACGAAAGUAUUAAAAAAAAUCGUCAUUUGGUAUUUAAUUCAUAUUUAAUAUUAACCUUUUUGCAGUGAUUUUAACAAGUUGACAAACUGAAGGCAGUUUUACUAACUUGAGAAGUUUGCUGCAGUUUUUGACAAGCUUACAGCAACUUAAAUCAUUUGACAAGCUCUCGGCAAUUUUGAUUUUUUCUUUUUGACAAAUAUGCGACAGUUUUAUUUGUUUGGCUCGCAAGUA